UAACUGAUCAGUCCUGCAGCCCCCCCAGGGAAACACAUGAGAUGAAGGGGGUGAUGGCAAGCUUGCCAGAAUAGACCUAUGGGAACAUAAGUGUGGCGCCUCAAAGAGGCUGUCCAACUCGUUGCUCCUACAGGAACCAGCCUCACUGCCACUGUUUUGCCAUGAUUACAGUGACACUGUUUGGGCAACACAGACAACUGUUUUCCACUCAUCAGGUUACCUGGUUCAUAGUUUGCACCCUGGACAAAAAAAGAUGGCUAUCCAAUACAUGAAGCUGAAGUACCUGUGGAUUUAUGUGUUGACUUAUGAGAAACUAUAGAAUAUAACUACAAUGGAGACUCCACCUGUGGCGAGUUUGGAGGAUCAUCAGUCUUGGACACAUUCAGGAUUGCACAAUUGUGCUCUGUCAACACAAGAGUUACCUAUAAAGAGUACUGGUAGCUCACCAGACCACAGAGAGGAUGACUGCAUACCUGGAAUCCACAUAUUGGUAUUAGACAAGGAAAUACCUGAAUUUAAGCAGAGUUUAAGUCGUGCUGAUUGUGAUGUGGAAUUUUUAGAGCCUGAACAAGUUCUUGUGAAAGCAUUUCAGGACACCGCUCAACUCCUUGAAGAAAAUGUUUCCUUACCACCUACUCCAAAUAAAGACUGCUGCGUGAGCCUUCCACCCCCUGCUAUUGCAGCAGAAGUCCAGUCAAACCAGACGGCUCAGGUUCAGCCUGGUCAGACACUCGAUUUAAACUCUGAAUGUUUAAAACCAAAUUUAAAGAAGGGAGAAGCAAUUUCAAAUGGCUCCAUCGUCAGUCUGGAUUUCACUCCAACCCCUGUGGUCUCUUCUGACCCAGGUCAAGGAAUCCUGGAUCUACCACCCAUUGUGAAGCAAAGACAGAGCACCAUUACCUUUUCAGGCCACACCUGCCAUGCCAAUGCCAGCAGAAAAGUUCUUGUCCAUGAAAGCUCUGAUGGUGGAGAAUCAUCACUGGAUGGGGAGAAAGAAGAGAAUAACAAUGGAAUUGAAGAUGUUUUCUUAGCGCUGCCUCACGAUCAAGAUCUUGUGAGUCACAGACAAAGAAGCACAAGCAAAGACAAACAGAAGAGGACGGGUUGUUUGCGUGUGCAUGCAGAAAUCAAUCACAGACACAGCAGCUGCGGUUAUGAGGCAGAGGAGGAAACAAGCAGUAAGGAGGAGUCUCCACAGGUCAAGUCUCCCUGGUCGGAGUCAAUGAGCCAGCUGAUGAGGAAACUAGACCAGCUUAAUCAGGACAUAGAGGAGGCUCUUAGUGCAAGCUCGUCCCCCGCCAACACACCCUGCACCACCCGCAAGAAACAGUGGGGUGCUGUUUCAAAGUCUACACUAAGCCAAACCCUGAACGACAAAGUUCUCUGCAGACCAGACAGUGGGGAAUGCCAGAGCCGAGACAGGUCCUCUGCUCCUCGCAGCUCCUCAGCGGGAACAAGGGCAAGGACCAAGAAGACGAUGUUCAAUAACAUGACCAAACCAGCAGGUGCAGAAAUCGAGGCAAAAGAGGCGUGUGACUGGCUGCGGGCAGCAGGAUUUCCCCAGUAUGCUCAGCUCUUUGAAGAUUCCCAGUUUCCUAUUGACAUUACCCCGGUGAAAAGAGAUCAUGACUUUCUGGAUAAAGACCUGGUGGAACCUCUUUGCAGGCGACUCAACACACUGAAUAAAUGUGCUUCUAUGAAACUUGAUGUCAAUCUUCCAAAGAAAAAAAGUGAAGACUCAGAUGAAGAAGACCUCUUCGCUAUCAGUGACAAAUGGACCUUUGAGUGGAGCAGCCGGCGUUGGUCCAGGCUACAGGACAUUGAUUGUCUACUUCGAAACCACAGAGAGGGCCAGACCUCCAGGGACGGUGUUGCUCUAAGAACCACCACCAGCAGUGAGAGUGUCCUGACGGACCUCAGCGAGCCAGAGAUCUCUUCUUUGCACAGUGAAAGCAGCGGGGGCAGUGGUCAUAGGGGGCUUAACACAGAGGACUCUGACUGCUCAAACCGCACCUUCCUAGACGCAGCGAUGCCAGACUCUACUUCUCUCACAAUGCCUCACAUCCCCAAAGAAUUUUCUCAUUACGGCUCUCUACCCAAUAAGCAUGGCAAGAUAAGCCGCACUCGAGCCAAAGACUUCCUGAAGCGUAUGGAGACACUGAGGUCCCGUGGAACCCUGGGGAGGGCACGUAAGACAUUGGUUAUUAGCUCUCCUGUGCUGCAGCAGGAAGCCCAGGCACUGAAGACAUUGCGCUGUGUUGAGAUCAUAAAUGGAGAUGGCGAAGCUCCUGAACCACCAUCCAGCAAAGUUCUACCACCACAGUCCAGUAGUGAAGGAAGCAGCCAUUCAAGUGGCAGCACCGUCAGCACACCCAGCCUGAAAGAACGUAAGCCUCACCGAGCAGACUACAAGCGCAGUGGCAUGUAUUUGGAGGACGUAGAUAUUUUCUGCGGCACUCAAAUGAACAAAGUCGCAGAACAAAACCGCAGAAAUGAAUUUUGCUCCUAUGAAGAUCUGGUGGUCCACAUUCCCAAAGACCAUAAGCCAGGAACAUUUCCCAAAGCACUGUCCAUAGAAAGCCUGUCCCCAACUAAUGGAGCCUCCAUUAACUGGCACACAGGGAGCAUGCACCUGGACGCCCCAAUAAUAUCAUGCAGGAAGGAACCUAGACCUGUCACCCAGUGCUGCUCCAGAGGUAGCCGCAUCAGUGUUUAUGAUAAUGUUCCUGGGUCACAUCUCUAUGCUAGUACUGGUGACCUAAUGGAUUUAGAAAAAGAAGACCUGUUUCCCCACCUGGAUGAUAUACUGCUGCAUGUAAAUGGUCUGCAGCAGAUAGUUGACCACUGGUCUAAAAAUGUGCUACCUGGAGGGGAAGGGGUGGGUGGCGAAAAGGAAGAUACAGUAGUUCUGCAGUCUUCAAGUCAGAUCACUUUGGAAUUUGAGGGAACUUCAGUCACAGAAAGCCAGACUAUUCCUUGUGACGGCGACAGAGACAAAAUAUCACUGGUUGAGACGGAAUCUACAAGGCUCAGGGAAAGGAGGGACUCGGGAGUUGGUGCUUCACUCACAAGACCUAACAGGUUACGAUGGCCCAGCUUUCAGAUAUCUAAUCGCCUAAGUCACUCAGUGGCGUCCCUGCAGAUAACAAACCAGUCAGCAGGCCAGCUGAGUUUGUUACAGAAGUUUUCUCUGUUACGUCUUACUGCAAUCAUGGAAAAAUACUCCAUGUCAAACAAACAUGGCUGGACUUGGUCUGUGCCAAAAUUUAUGAAGAGAAUGAAGGUACCAGAUUAUAAGGAUAAGAAUGUGUUUGGAGUGCCGCUCAUUGUACAUGUGCAGCGCUCUGGACAGCCUUUGCCCCUUGGCUUGCAGCAGGCCCUACGAUACCUGAGGAGCCAGUGUCUUGACCAGGUGGGUCUUUUUCGUAAAUCAGGGGUGAAGUCCCGGAUUCAGGCUCUGAGGCAGAUGAAUGAAAGUUCUCCAGACAAUGUGAACUAUGAAGAUCAGUCUGCUUAUGAUGUGGCUGACAUGGUGAAGCAGUUUUUCAGAGAUUUACCGGAGCCCCUGCUAACCAGCAAGCUAGGGGAGACUUUCCUUCAUAUCUAUCAGUAUGUGCCAAAAGACCAAAGGUUGCAAGCUGUCCAGGCAGCCAUCAUGUUGAUGUCAGAUGAAAACCGAGAGGUGUUGCAGACGCUCCUCUGUUUCCUUAGUGAUGUCACUUCCUCCGUGGAAGAAAAUCAAAUGACACCCAUGAACAUCGCUGUGUGCCUUGCCCCCUCGCUCUUCCACCUCAACAUACUGAAGGACAAUCUAUCAGCAAAGGCCAUGCAGAAGAAGUACGCCACAGGAAGACCAGACCAAAAAGAUCUGAAUGAAAACUUAGCAGCGACACAGGGCCUUGCUCAUAUGAUUGUAGAGUGCAAUCGCCUCUUUGAGAUUCCUCAUGAGAUGGUAACUCAGUCACGCAAUUCAUAUGUGGAGGCUGACCUACAUGCACCAACAAUUGAUGAGCUGUGCAAGCAGUUGGAAGAUGAUGAUGGAACAUACCAAACACAUAUGGAUGGGAGGCUUCAGAAUCUGCUGAAAGAGGCUAGAGAAAAGUCCAAAACCUGGGUGUCAUGCAACAGCUCUGACAACACAGAACUUUGCUACAAAAAGGUGGGAGAUGGAAACCCUUUGAGACGUUGGAGAGUGUCUGUGGAAGUGGAAGCUCCACCAUCUGUUGUGUUGAACCGGGUGCUGCGAGAGCGCCACCUAUGGGAUAUGGACCUGCUUCAGUGGAAAGUGUGUGAGACACUGGACAAACAGACAGAGGUGUUUCAGUAUGUCCUCAAUCGCAUGCCCCCCCAUCCCAGCAGGGACUUUGUAGUUCUCAGGUCUUGGAGGACAGACUUGCCCAAAGGGGCUUGCUCCCUGGUUUCCGUGUCAAUAGAACAUGAGGACUGUUCUCCUGUAGGUGGGGUACGAGCUAUAGUCCUGGAAUCCAACUACUUGCUUGAACCCUGUGGCUCAGGAAAGUCUAGACUAACUCAUAUCUGCAGAGUGGACUUAAAGGGAAGGACUUCUGAAUGGUACAACAAAGCAUUUGGUCAUCUUUGUGCUGCAGAAGCUGCUCGAAUCCGCAACUCCUUUCAGCCACUAAUCACAGACGGCCCAGAGACCAAAAUCUAAAAUUCUUUGUUGUUGUGUCUAUUUAGCCAUUGAGUUCAAGAAUGAGCCUUUGAGUCACUGCUAAUAGACAGAUGCAAGUGCAUUAAGAGGACCCCCGAACUAAAGCACAGUUUAUUUUUGUACAAAUGCUCUGAAUAUAAUUUCAAGCUUUUCUGUACUUGCACAAUAAGAAAAGAGGACAUUUAAUAGGUGCUGAGCAUAAUUAUUCAAUGGGAAUUAAUAAUCCUGCCUUUGUCCUCAACAUGAUUUUAUUUACAAUAUUUUUGUUAAACAUGUAUGUAUGAAAAAUUAUCUUUAACAAUAUUGUUUUAUUGUUUGUCUCAUACAAUGUCUAGGACAUUUAAUCUUAAAUGCUUCUGAGAAGCAGGUAUAUUAUUCAUUUCAGAUUUAAAGCUAUAAUAAUUAUAAUGUACACUCAAGUGUCUGUAUAUAUCUAUGAAAAUACAGUAAAUGCAAACUGUAUGAAUUGUAAAUAUGUGUAAGGAUAAAAAAAGAAGUACAUAUGUUAAUUUCUUAUAUAUUGAUUCUUUCAUUGUGUCAACCUUCCUGUAAUACACAAGGUACAAGAUUGUAAGCUGGUUUUACUUUGCUUCAGAAUUGACAUUUUUCUGAAUGGGUGUAAUUUUAUUCAACUCUGACCUCCAGUGGCUGUGAAAAGAAUGACUUAAGGUUUGACUUGAUCAUACCUGCUUUAGGGUACUGGAUUUUACAGUCAGGUACAACAAACAUUGUUUUU